UUACAGUAGUGUGGUAGAAUUUCUUCCACCAUAGGAAUCGUUUUCGCUCCAAAAAGCAGAGGAAGAAGAAAAAGCAAUGGAGUGCGGACACAACCAUAGUAUCAGCAAAGACGACGUCAUAGCGAAGCUCAAAGACGAUGGCGACUUCGACAGGCUCCGCCUCAAGAUCAUUCGCAAGCUCAAGGAUGACGAAAAAUUGCGGGAAAAUAUUAGUUCUAUUGUGAAGCAAUCUACAGCAUUGAAUCGUUUGGGGUCUGAGAAUAUGAAACCCAGACAGCUUUCAGAUGCCAUAUAUCAAGAGGUUGGGGACAAAGUAAUGAGCCAAAUUUCUGAUGGUUUGUGGGGAAUAAUCAGAUCAAGUGAUGGCAUGAAAGGUGAAAUAACAGAAACUGUUCAGUCUGUCUACAACAGAUUACUUGACCCAAAAGGAAAAGACAAGGAUGAAUCUCCAACUCAUAUGAUGGAAAUUCAAAAUGGAGCUGGAAAUAGUGGUUCCAACCUUGCCUCAGCUGGUGAAAUUGAUGGUGAGUUGUCCGAUAAUGAGCCAAAAGAACCACCGGGAUUUUCUUUCUCACAUAACAUUAAGGGGGAUUUGCAACUACCUUUACCUAUUGAAAAAGGGUCUGCUGAAGAGCAGCACAAAGUGCCCAGCAAGUUACAGGAUAAGCCAGAGUCUGAAGAUGUUCGUCACAGUCCACUGCCAGGUUUUUAUGCAGAAAAGGGGCACAAGCAGCCUUGUGACGAUAGUGAAGAGGAUCCUGAUGUGCCUCCUGGUUUUGGCUGAUUUGUCUUUAUGCAUUUAAUAUUGUCACUCUCUUGUGGUACCACCAAAUUUGGGAAUAAAACAAUCUGAGAACUGAGGAAAGUUUUCGUUGCAGCAACCUGUGACAUUUGCCACAUUCAACAUGGUAGAGGGUCAGAUGCUCCAGAUUAUCGGCACUCUAUUAUUGCAUCAGAGUGCCCGCAUCCAAAGUAUUGUACGUUUAGGACUUUUCCUUUCAAUUAUUUUUAUCCAUGUAAAAAUGAAACCUCAGUUAAUUAAUUGAUAGACAUAUUUUGGUUUUAUUAAUUAAAAUUUCCAUUUAUAGUUUGA